GUUUUCACACAUCAUGAUCAUGGAUGGACGUGUUUUAAGGUUUUGAAGGCCGGCGUCACAUAUGAUCAAUUAUAGCUUUUUCAAACGUGCAGAUUUGAAUAAAAAUAAGGAUUAUUUGUAUUUUGAAAAAUUCUGCGACGAUGAAGUGUUUGAACAGUGGAUGGCUUAUCAUGAUUGCAGUAAUUACAAUAAGCAGACGUCCGAGAACUUGUUUGAAGUUGAAGAUGAGUAUUCGGUUGUGGGAUUGUUGAUAAUGGCAAUGCAACAUGUACAAGAUCUGGUUGCUAGAGCCUACUAUAGACAUGGUCUUUUCUGUUCCAGCCACCCUUUGGCCAUCAUCCUGACUGUGGGGGCUGUGAUUUGUCUCUGUGCAUCACCAAUGGUUAAGAUGCCAAUUGCAAGCAAUGCCCCUCAUGUGUACAAAACGCCAGCUGAAGGCUUUAGCAUACCUCAGCACCCUCAGGAUACGCUGGUGCCAGAAGAUGAUUCUAAUGAUGACCCUCAAGUCAAGCCUAGAUGGUUUGUUGGUGCACCAUUCGCCUUUAUUCAGCAGUUUGUUGUCAGGGCUAAGGUGUCCCCGUGGCAUGGUGAUUUAACAGCCGAAGAUGCCUUCCGUGCACCAUUAUCCCGAGCAUUCAAUCUUGUCAGUGAUAUCAGUAAAUUCCAAGACAAAUCAGGCAUGGCUAUACAGUCAUUCUGUUUGUAUGUUCUCGAUGUUAAUGAUCCAUCUGAAUUUUCUGGUGUUCUACCUGAACAUGGAUGUCUUAUCGUCUCACCUGCUGCUCUGUGGAAAAACGACAUGAAGGUGUUCUCAGAGGACGAGGAUCUAGUUGAGACUAUAUACAGCCAUCUUAAGAAGAAAUCAAGUGAGACAACAAAUAUUAAAGAUGUGUUAUUUGGUAUACCAGGCAAAUUCAGUGGUAUUCAUAGGUUUUAUAUACGCAGUAGACAGAGACUCAUUACCUAUGCUGUCACUUUAGUCUUAAAAUCAUACAAUGAAAGUUUUAUAUUAGAUUUAAAGGCUCAUCUGCAUCAAAAGUUUGGAUCAGAGUUACUAAAUAACCCAGAACCACCCAAGAUAAAACAUUUAUAUUUUAAGGAACAACGGAAUAUAGUUGAGGUUUCACCACUCAUUUUUGUAUAUUGUUUACUUUUCCUGUAUAUAUAUUUUUCUGUCAGUAAGAUUGAGAUGGUGAAGUCGAAAUGGGGACUGGCAUUCAGUGCUGUCUUUCAAGUUAUUUCAUCUUUGGCCAUGUCUGUUGGCAUCUGUUUAUUUUUUGGAUUGACGCCAACACUACAUGGAGGAGAAAUAUUUCCAUAUUUGGUCAUUAUUCUUGGUUUGGAGAACAUAUUGGUGCUGACAAAAUCAGUAGUUUCCACACCGGUCCAUCUUGAGGUCAAGAAAAGGAUUGCCCAAGGACUUGAGAAAGAAAGCUGGUCAAUCACUAAAAACCUUCUCACAGAAUUGUUGAUUAUUUUAAUGGGAUAUUUCACCUUUGUACCAGCUAUUCAGGAGUUCUGUGUAUUUGCAGUUGUUGGACUCUUAACUGAUUUUUUUCUUCAAAUGUUCUUCUUUGUAACUGUGCUUUCAAUUGAUAUUCGACGAAUGGAGCUAUCUGAUCUCCACAAGAGUAGCAUACAAGAUCAGCUACAUGCACCGUCUGCUGCCAUGACUCCACGAAGCAUUUCACGCACUAUGUCAGUGCCCGACUCCAUCAACAUGAUGUCACCGACCAAGCAGCGGAUGCUGCAGGCACGUUUACCCCCAGCUACACCCCUGUUCCGCAAGGUACCAAAGAGACUAAGGCUAGUUUAUUUCUGGGCCAGCACACGUGUUGUACAACGACUAAUCAUGGUCAGUACUGUUUUGUGGAUAAUAUUCACUAGUCUGUUUGUUUACAAGUCUGGCCUUGUUGAUCAUCUGACAGAAAAUCACACCAACGAUACAUUACGACAAAAUGCCUCUCCCCUGAAAGGUGAUGUCGAAAGUUCUGCUCAGAAAUCCAACCAGGAAAUCCUAAGACAUGACGGACAGGUUGCAUUAAAAGGGACUUUGGAUCGAAAGGAUAUAUCACUGGGUAAAUCACACGAGGGCAGUCAAACUCAGGGUUUGUUUUUGAGAGAUUACUAUGACGACUUAUCACCACUUCAUUGGCCUACACUUUUUGGAUUCUACAACAGAACACUCAGAGGAAGGUACAUCAGUUUACUACCACCGUACCACCUUUUCAUAAACAUCGAUCCUAAAGAAGCAAUUGCAAUGAGAUCCGAUGGCUACGAGCACCUAUCAGACGGCAUACAAACCCCAGAUAUAGAUCAAGACUACCUGACUGAUUACCAAGUAAAUGCACGGGCCUACAAGCUUCUGCAGGAAUCCAAGUGGGACUAUUAUGUCACAAUGUCACUAGGCGUUGCCAGUGGUGCCUCUCUCGUUAUCCUCAUCCUGCUGCUGUGUAAGUGUGUGUCAUUGAAACGCUUACGGAGACAACGCUACAAGAAAUGCCGCCAUGAUGACAUCAUUCGAUCGGUGCAGAAUGCUAAUGAGUCGGUGCCGUUGGUUCUUCGAGGUCAUAAGCAGGAUGUGGAAUGCAUUGUGAGUGAAGCUGGAUGGAUUUUUAGCUCUUGUUUAUCUGGUGAGAUCAGGAGAUGGGAUCCUGCCACUGGUGACUGCAUGUUGGUCAUUGAGAGGAAGAGCAAGCCAAAAGAUCGAGUGGGUUCUACUUGUCCAUGCUACAAUGACUACCAAGACAAACCAUACCAAACCCCUAGCUUAAGUAGUACUCGAAUACCAAGAAAACGAAUUCCGUCUGCGCCAGAUAUGCAGACUAGUUUAGGUCCAACUUGGAAAGAUGUUCUGGACAACCAGCCUGACCUGACAGACAGCAUCCAAACCAAUUUUGGGGAGUCGUCAAAAUCAGAAGAUCCUGUCAAUCAGUCUUCAGAAUUAGCCUCUCAAUAUCGAGAUGCUAAAUCACAUCAUUGUCCGUCAGCUACUGGGCACCCCAGCACAGGUGGAGAUGCUUCAUCACAGUACUCUUCAUCUGGCGGCUAUAGCUUUAACCAAAGAUUCCAUUCAUACUAUGAAUCCCAUCCAACCCGCCCCAAACACAUGGCCUCCAAAGGAUUUCCACAACAACAUAAUAUGCCAUCCAGUAUAUACGGAACCUACGCCUCACAACAGCCUCAAACAAAUCCAGGUUUUGUUCCGGGACACAGCCGUAGUCGUUCUACUGGUGUUUUAAAAAUAGAUACCUUCAGUCAGCCUCUGAGGUCACCUCAGAAUGUAAGAUUCAUGGAUCAAGAAAAAGAACAUGAACAUUUCUCUGAACGAGGGGGGUGUGGUGGGCCAUUGGCACUACAAGAGGUGCCACCACUCUGGUGCUUAGCUUGUAAUGAUACAGUGAUUGCUGCAGGUUGUGGAAAUGGUAGAGUGGAGAUAUGGGAUGCUGGUAAUGGUACUUUACUUUGUUAUUUUGAAUCCUCAUCAUCUGGGGUCUCAGCUAUGUGUAUAUAUGCUAACAUGCUUGUAGUAGCUCGUUUAGAUGGGACAUUAGAUUUUUUACACCUUGUCAACAGCAAUUCAACGUACGUACAAGAUUUCACAGAUUCAUAUGAAAAUUUAGGGUCAUUUAAUCGUCAUUUUAUAGAGAAUGAAUAUUUUUCUGGGUCAUGGGAAUGUCAUCGGGUUUGUCAAAUGCGAGCUCACCAGCAGCUAAUCAAUGAAGUGGUCAUCUUGAAUGGUCAAGUGGUCACUGCCAGUGAUGAUCAUACACUUAAGGUUUUUCGUCUAGAGGAUUGUUUAUAUUUAUCAACACUUAGAGGACAUACAGGGGCAGUAACUAUGGUGACAGUAGACAAGACAUGCUCACACACCAUUGCCAGUGGAUCGGCUGAUGGUACGGUACGCGUAUGGGAUCUGUUGAAGUGUGAUCCUAUUUAUGUUCUUAAUGGCCAUGUGAGUUCAGUCCUGUCUGUCUGCUGCUCUGACGAUUAUAUAGUCAGCAUUGGCUCGGAUGAUAAAUUAUGCGUUUGGAAGAAAACAACUCGGGGUCGCUUAAUACACAUGAUACAACUGGAUACUGGUUGUGGAAGCAGUGUCAUCACUUUAGCAGAUAAAAUAAUGGUGACAGGAGGCAAGGGUUGCCUUGUUGUAUGGGAUGUGUUGUCAGGUGAGCCGCUACGCAAAGUAGACCUCGGUGGUACCUAUCUACCUGUCAGUCAAAUCAUAGCCAUCGACCACAGUUCAAUUGUCUGCGAUUGUGGAGAAGAGUUAAUGGUCAUCACGUUUCCAUCACAGCUGAGAAAGGACGAAUGAAGGGAAAGUAGAUCAUGCCCAAUAAUUAAAAGUUUUGAAGCAGAUAGGAGAAAAUAGUGAUAAUAAUGUUUGGAAUAAUCUUAUGCAAGUGGAUGAAAAAUAUGUCAGGAGUAAAUAUGCAAGAAUUUCAUCCAGCAACUAUGCAUUUGUCAGUGUGUUGUUAAAGAGAGUUUGCCUUGACAGAUUAAAAGUUUUAAAGAUCAUUAGGUGUUGAAACUUGCGCCUGGUAAGUGAGUGUCAUAAU